AGAUUGUAGGGCAGAAGGAGGGGAGAAGAGUGAAGGUUAGAGAACAGUGAAACUUUCCACUCCAACCCCUUCUUGAAGAUCUCUAAUUUUUCUUGUUUUUCUCACCUAUCAUUUCUUCAACACUACCAACACCCCUGCCCCAACAUACGGAGUUUGGGACAAGACAGAGAGAUCCGGAAUAUGGAGGCACUUGUUGUUUUCUUGAUCCCUCAGAUCACCAGCAUGAUUUAUUCAAUUUAAAUACUUGAAAUUAUCCAAAGCAAGGAGUCAAAUAUGCUUGCGUGUUUUCUACAACCACAGAGUUGGUUUGCACAGAUAAAACCCAGUCCUUUACAUGCGCUCGUUUACGCCCUUGAAAAAAGCAGCAAAAGACAGUUGAAGAAAGGAGUUUUCUCAGUCCUGUCCCUGUCCCGUUCCGUGAGUGUAAGGGUUCGGGCAUCUCAUAAACACUGCUGAAUUCUUGGCCCAUCUCCACGCCAUAUAAUACACGAAAACCUGCACAUAUAUAGAAGAGAGAACGAAAGAGGAGGGAAGUGUGUGUAUCCUUCAUUUAUAACAUUGUAUCUCUGCAUUUCAGAACUCUUGAUCAUUCAUAUUUAUGCAGUUGCUAAAUAUUUCAUCAAAGGUGGAAUACUAAUGUAGAACAGCUUUAUUUUUAAUAGGAAAGCCUUAAAAUAGUCUGUUAGUAAAUUGCAAGUGUCGAAUGAUUUCAAAUGUAAUCUCUUAAAUUCCCCUGUCCCCUCCCCCUCAAUAAAAAGCUUGCUGCAGAUUGUAGAAGGAUUUGAGUCUGCAGCUAGAGCGAGGGGGAUUAGGGAGAGAGCAGUUUAAGUUAAAUUGUGCUGCAUAUAAAAAAAUGGGCGGAUUGGUCUCUAGAUGGAGAGACUGGUACCACCUUCCUUUCUAAAAUAAAAUCUCUCUGGCAUGAAGUCACUGCCUAUUUCACAUCCGGUUUACCCUGGGACGUAUUACUACUGUCUUGGUAAAGAGAGAUCUUUUGUUGUAUAUCUGCAGACCGAAUAUUGGGAAGAAAUUUGGGUGUGAAAUCUUCAACAUUGAAGUACAGAAGAUUCCAUGAUGCUUCAGACUGUAUGAGUGAGAGACAGAGCCAGGGACAACAUUCGGCUCCAGUCCCUGAGCCAUCCCAUACUCUCACCAGCUCAGAUUUCUUGGCGAUUUUCUCUGGCAGACUUUCCAUCCUCCCUUCCCAAUCCCCCCUGCCCCCCGCCCGCUUCUUCAGAGAUCCAGUGCCUGGAGGGGGCCGGAGGAAAAUCCAAGAUGAAAAGAAGACUUGGUUUUUCUAAAUAUUUUUGGGCCUGGGCACUCCUUCUGAAUGCACUGUCUGGAAAAAGCUUUGGACAAACUUCACUACAAGAUGAAAUUAAAGACAAUACCACUGUAUUUACAAGGAUUUUGGAUCGCCUCCUAGAUGGGUAUGAUAACCGCCUGAGACCAGGAUUGGGAGAGCGUGUAACUGAAGUGAAGACUGAUAUCUUCGUCACUAGCUUCGGACCCGUUUCAGACCAUGAUAUGGAAUAUACAAUUGAUGUAUUUUUUCGUCAAAGCUGGAAGGAUGAGAGACUAAAAUUUAAAGGGCCCAUGACAGUUCUUCGGUUAAAUAAUCUAAUGGCAAGUAAAAUUUGGACUCCUGAUACCUUCUUUCAUAAUGGAAAGAAAUCUGUGGCCCACAAUAUGACUAUGCCAAACAAGCUGCUUCGCAUUACAGAGGAUGGCACUUUGCUGUACACUAUGAGAUUGACUGUGCGAGCUGAAUGCCCAAUGCACCUUGAAGACUUCCCAAUGGAUGCCCAUGCCUGUCCACUGAAAUUUGGAAGCUAUGCUUACACAAGAGCAGAAGUUGUAUAUGAGUGGACACGAGAACCAGCAAGAUCAGUGGUUGUAGCAGAAGAUGGGUCCCGACUAAAUCAAUAUGAUCUCCUUGGACAAACUGUGGAUUCUGGAAUUGUCCAGUCUAGUACAGGGGAAUAUGUUGUCAUGACCACCCAUUUCCACUUGAAGAGAAAAAUUGGCUACUUUGUUAUUCAAACAUACUUACCCUGUAUAAUGACUGUUAUCCUCUCCCAAGUUUCUUUUUGGCUCAACAGAGAGUCUGUGCCAGCAAGAACUGUCUUUGGGGUGACAACUGUCCUUACUAUGACCACCCUGAGUAUCAGCGCCAGAAAUUCUCUUCCCAAAGUGGCCUAUGCCACAGCCAUGGAUUGGUUUAUUGCAGUGUGUUAUGCCUUUGUAUUUUCAGCAUUGAUUGAAUUUGCCACCGUAAAUUAUUUCACAAAAAGGGGUUAUGCUUGGGAUGGCAAAAGUGUUGUUCCAGAAAAGCCAAAGAAAGUAAAGGAUCCACUCAUUAAGAAAAACAAUACCUAUGCUGCCACAGCAACAAGCUACACCCCUAACAUCGCUCGGGGGGAUCCUGGGUUAGCCACCAUUGCUAAAAGUGCAACAAUUGAACCCAAAGAAGUCAAACCUGAAACAAAACCACCAGAGCCCAAGAAAACUUUUAAUAGUGUCAGCAAAAUUGACCGACUUUCAAGAAUAGCGUUCCCAUUGCUUUUUGGAAUCUUUAACCUAGUUUACUGGGCCACAUAUUUAAACAGAGAGCCUCAGCUUAAAGCCCCAAACCCACAUCAAUAGUCACUUUAACUUUCAUAGUCUUGUUCAGUCUUUCCACGCCGGGAAUUGCUUUCUGUAUUCAACCCAGUAAUUCCCGUUUACUUCAUUGCCUCCGUCUUAAAGAAACUGAAGGUUUCCUUAAUUUAAAAAUAAAAUAUAUUAGGACAAGAAACCCUAUAUGGUAAAUCCAAGGUUCUAUGGUAAAUAUACUUGGGAAACUGGAUUUAAGAGAGGAAAUGAGAAAAAAAAACAAGAUCAUGGAAAAGAAGAAGGAGGGAGGGGGAGAAAGAGAGAGAGAGAGAGAGAGAGAGAAAGAGAGAGAGAGAGAGAGAAAGAGAGAGAGAGAGAGAGAGAGAACAAAAGAGGUAGGAAAAAUGAGAAGAGUAUUAAAAAUACUCAAUAAUAUCACCAAAUUUUGUAUAGAUAUCAUAUUGUCAAAUUCCCUAACAAAGAUAAUAUAUAUGAAAAUAUUUUUAUGCAAAAUAUUUAAGAGAAAUAUAACUUGUUUAACAGUAAAAAUAAAUCUUACUUCGUUGUUGUGUAGAUUAUAUAUUUAUUCUUCUGUUAAUUAAAAUAAUGUACGGAUUUGAUUUUUGAGUGUUACAAGUUCUGGAUAACAUUUAUGCUAAUUCUAUUUUUAAAUCCCCAGGCUUAUUGUUAUAGAGGUAAAUGCUAUUUUAAAAAUCUAUGGAAAUUUCAUAUUUUAAGGUGCAUUGAUGAAUGCUUCAAUCUGUCAUUUAUUGUCAUUGUUGUUUUUAAUGAACUGUCUAGAUGAGACAUCAUUUGAAUACCAUACUCAAUAGAAUAAAAAAAAAAAUCUUCCCCAGUGAAAAAAAGCUAAUCCCAAUAGAACCUAAGUCCUAAAAGAGGUUGGUUCUUGUCUUGAAAAUGUUCUAAGAAGGGGCAAAAAAGUAUUUUUCAAGCUCUAGAUAUGUUGAAUGUAUUAUUUUCUAUAACACUACAUUAAAAGCUUUAGAUUGAAAUUUAUGAAUAGCAGACAAAAAUAGAAUAUUUAAUAUAUGUAAAUAAAUGGCAUGAGAUUGUACAUUUUUUUUUUACUUUUUUAAAAGUUGUGUUCUUAAAAUACUGUUCAGGGCUCACCUCUGUUAGGUAUCAAUAUGUUGUUAUAUGCUGUGGAAACAUAUUUAGAGUCUGCAUAAAAAACUAUAGGAAACUUUAAGAGCAUAAAAUACAAAGAUAUUGGUUGGAAUUAUACAGAUUGGAAGUAAAGCUGGCAAUUAAAAAAAAUAUCUGAUAUGGAGCAGUAAGUAAAUUACUCUCUGUUCCAGUAAUAAAGAAAUAUUCAAAUUUAGGCUACUGUGUGGUAGUGAAAAUACUUUUUUUUAAUUGUUCCAGCUAGAAAAUCAUCUGUAUAUUACUGCUAUAUUUGCUGAUACAUAACUGUUAAAAUAAGUGAUGUAAGAUAUGUAGCAUUCAUUAUGAAACAAACAUCAUACGCAAAAGAAUGUACAGAAAAUAGAUUUUAUUGAUUAAACUUACUACAUUUCAUUUUUACUGUAGCAAUAUCUUUGUAGGAACACUAUGUAAGGGCUUUAAAUAUACAAUGUCCAUUUUGCAGGUAAACUAUUUAUUAUUCCCUAGGAAGUAAUUGUAGUCUGUUUCAUUACUGCUGACAAGUUUUAGAGAUAAACAUUUAAGUAGAGGGUAUUUUUGCAGUGCUUUGAUUGAAAAGAGUUUUGAAGAUAUUUAAAUUCAGUAAUCCAGAACCCAUGGGCCAUGUUCUGAAGGCAUUUAAAACACCACCACAUGGAACUUCAGCAGCAUUGUUCAGUGAGACAAUUAAAUUUCUGUCAUAAAUAAAGAGCAACAUUUGGUCAAUAAUAAAAAACAAAUUACUACCAUACACAGAAACUCAAACAUGCAUAUUUGGUACUGCCUAAACUUGAUGGGUAUAUCUGAAGUUGACCUAAGGAUGUCUCACCUUCUGCUGUCAUGUGUAGAUAUAUGUAUAAAAAACAAGAAAACAAUAAAAUAUGGCUCUUUAACUUCUCUGUACCUGUUUAUCUUGUUCUCUUUUUUUAGUGUUAAAAACCAGUGUGUUCAUUUAGAGCGUUUUAUGCUCCAAGUUACUCAUAGCUUACUUUUGGUCUGCAUUUUGCAAAAUAGAAAUGGUUAUUACUUAAGUAGUCUGCUUUUGCUAUGCAAUGAUGGCAUUAUAUGACCUCUUAUUUUGUUAGUAUAUGUGGAUAGUAGUUUAUUGUAUGAAUUGAUUGCACAGUUUAUCAAAGACCAGAUACUCUAUGUAGUUUUUCUACAGUGCUUUGCUAAAUCAACCAUGUAAUACUAGUAAGUCUUCCUUGAAAAUAAUGGUACACUCUUAUAGAGGACAGUUUCUGUUUACUCCUGGGAUAAUUUUAAAAAUGACAUUGAAUGUUUAUUGCACUUCAGUGCAGUGAUGUGGCAAUAAAACCUAAAACUAAAAGAGGUUGUUUAUGGCAGACGCAUGCACUGCUUUACAAAGUUUAGCAAAAGCUCUUUAUUUUAUGUCAGGCUGUAAUUCUAUUAUAAUAAUAAAGCUGAAACUAUUCAAUAACAAAAUAAA